AUGGAGAACAAAUCGGACCACAUCUACGAGCUGAGCUACCGUUCGCCAACGACACCGUCGUUGAUGUCGCCGGACGCGGUAUCCGUCAGCACCACCAACAGACCCCUCCUGUCCGAAGACUCGUUCUACGAAGCCUCAGACGACAAAUACUUUGACCGCAAGUCUCGAAGACCGUGGCAUGUCCCCGUCGGAGACCCAGGCAACGAUGCCCCGAAACGAGUCAUCCAGAGGACCACGCCCCGGCUCUUGACUGCGUGGCUCCCCCACGUCCCCGCGAUUGCCGUCACCUGCGUGCUCAUAUGGAUGAGCCACUCGCAAAUCUUCUGGUACCCCGAGACCGGCCCCGACCUGCCCAUCAUCGGCCGGUUCGGGAACAAGCACACGGUCAUCUCCAACGUCCUCCAGUUCGCGUCCAAGCUGCACGAGUUGAUGGUCGUGGCUUCGCUCGCCGCCAUCGCUCUGUCGAUGUUCCGCCGCAGACUUGUUGGAGACGGCGUCCGUCUCGGGUUCCUGACCGGCGGGUACCGUCUGGGCGAUCUGGCGUACCUGACAAGCGGUGCGUUCUGGGGCCUCGGGCGUGUUGGAACGGUGGAGGUCAUACUCGUCGUCUUUGUCGUGUUUGGCACAAUCAUGUCGACGAUUAUCGGUCCUGCGUCCGCCAUUCUGUUCGUGCCGAACCUCGGGUGGUACAACGUCCCCGCGGCUUUCGACAACGUCAAGAUGCCUCUGAUAUACACGCUCGAGGCCGACAAAGCAUGGCCCCAGAUUCUGGACAGCAGUCUUCACCACUUUGACGAGAAGCAGGACUGCCUCACGACCGAGAGCAUCUUCCAGCCGUACUGCUACGCCGGCGGCUUCUCGGAUAUCUGGAACUGGCUGGGAAGCUUCCGGUACACCGAUCUGGACAACAACCUCACGUUCUCGUCCGAGCUCGGCCGUCGGCUCGAACUUCAUGAAAACAGCUCCGUGGCGCUCUUCACCACGCCGCCAGCCUUCGUCAUGAACUCUCUCGGGCUGUUCACCACCUACAUCCACAAGUCCGAUAGCAUAGGGAUUCUUCACGACACGCAACGCUACAAGCUCACGACCAAGACGCCGAUGAAGCAGCCAUUCAUGCAGGGCCGGUGCGCGGCGUACGACAAGGAUGAGCUAUUAAAGAAUGGCACGGAGGCCGUUUUCCCCAUGAGCUCCAUCAACUGCUACGGGGACGCAGACUGCCUCUCCCUGAAGCGGAACCCGCCCAUUGUACAGCGCGACUACUGGAACGUCUCGGGACACUCGACGUCCGAGACGUUCAACCUGCUAUACCCUGCUGCGCCGAGCGUCAAGUCCGUCGUGACGGUGGCGGGGACCAUGCCGUACGCCUCAAAGGACAUGGAGCAAAAGACGUGGGUCUACGCCUGCGCGUUCCUCGGGCGAUGGGUCCCCUCUGAAUUCAGCGUCGACCCCGAGUCGAACAACAUCAUGGACUCCAACGUCAGCUCCCCCGACGUCAUGAACAAGCUGUUCCACGAGGACGAGUCCAACCGCGCCAGCGUCAUGCAGAUCGACAAGUCCUGGCUGGCGGGCACGAGCCCCCUGUUCAACAUGACGACGAGCGUCUUCAUGACGGACACGAACGAGCAACAAAACACCCUCUUCGAGACGUCGCCCUUGCGCAUGAUGAUGAGCCGCUUCCUCCUCCGCCACGAGCGCGCAGACGGCACGUACGUGCGCUACUUCGACACCAUCGACGACAGCAAUAACCCGCAGGUCGGCCGGUCCGACACCGAGUCCUUCCUCGCCAAGCUCUACGGCGUCUUCCUCACGGACGCCAUCGCGCGCAUCGCCGCCAACAAGGAGACGCGCCUCGUCUUCAAGGAGGAGCCGGACAACCUCACGUGGGUCGACCUCGCGGUCCAGAACGGCCUGUGGUCCGGCGCGCACAGCUACGUCAGCGUGGCCGACAACGCGACGUUCCCGACGCGCGAGAUCUACAACGGCAACUUCGCCGAGUCGGAGCUCGAGAUGACGGUGGAGCAGUACAUCCAGCGCUUCCGCGACGACUGGGUGCAGAUCGACCUGGACGCCGAGCGGCACGGCUACGGGUCGGGCCAGUUCUCCAAGACGCUCGAGUUCGCGCUCGUGAUGAUGUACAUCUACCUCGGCGUCGUGGGCAUCUACGGCGGCGUGGUGCUCGUCUCGCAGGCGCUUGACUGGGUUGGGUGUGCGGUCGGCGACAGGCGGCUUGAUCUGCGCGGCGUGACGGCGUGGUCGGAUCUGCAGGACCUGGUGCUCCUGGCGCUGCGGUCGGCGCCGCCGCCGGACGGGGAUUUGACGCAUGUCGGGGCUGGUGUCGGGUCGAAUAGUGUGUGGAAGAAGGUGGUCAAGGUCAGGGUUGAGGAGAGCGCGCUGCAGCUGGUGUUGCAUGACCACGAGGGCUUGCUGCCGCCGCAGAAGGGGGAGAAGUACUCGUGA